GUCAGAACACGCAUCGUGUUUUGUCUACGUGUUCUGAGUCGCACUGUGGAUGAUACUUGGAUGCUAACUGGACUAUCAAUGGCGUAUUGUGAUCUUUAAAUAUAUAUCAAAGGAUUACAUGUGGAUUAUGCACUGAUGGAAAAGUCUCGGUCUCGAAAGUCGGAUGUGUAUCGCGUUGAGAGGCUAGUAGCAAAACGACAGAAUGGCAGGCGUGUGGAGUACCUGGUAAAGUGGAAAAAUUGGUCAGAAAUAAAUAAUACAUGGGAGCCGGAGAAGAACAUUCUUGACAAACGACUGAUUGAAUCCUAUUUGCGGAGCGAGAAAAGGAAACAACGCCGCAAAUUCGCCGCCACCUCCGGUAAAGAAGGAGCAGCAUCGAAGAAAGAGGUCUGUCCGACUGAAAACGUCCCGUCAUCCUGUACCGAUUCCAAACAUCCGCUGACCUUGUCUGUUGCUCAUGUCGCGAGCCCAAGCACCGCCUCUGGUCCCCAUUCCCACCUGACGAAUUCAAAGACUUCCCAAUCCUCUCCAUCACCCGCAUCUCCCAUACUUUCAACCCAGCACUCUCCUGAGGUUGAUACACAGCUCACUACCCAAUGUGCUGCCUUGUGUUCGAAAUCUCCCGCGUCACCCUCACAUCAGACCUCUUCAGGCAUUACCAGCUGGGAUUCCGUAAACUGGUUACCCGAACGUCGGUUUCGUCCAAGUACACUAAUGGUUGCCGCUGCUUCCGCUUCCGCAGCAAAUGCUGCAGCUGCGUUGGCAAGUUCUCGAACAACUGGAAAGCAGUUGUCUUCUCCAUCAUCGACUGGAUCGGCUGGAUCAGUGAGCAUUGCUGUCCGUCAGAUGACAACGACAGGCGAACUAGCUGUCUCCGCCGAACAACCAGACCAUCCUCCCAGCACCCCGACCGCAUUAGUUACGCUUAGUGAAGACCGUCCAAAGAUCCGCAUCACUAUCCCUCGAGACCGCAUCCUCCCGUGUCCUCCACCCGGUGUAUCCAGUAACAGUUCGUCCAGCAGUCAGAAUUCUUCACAGCUUACGGCUAGUUCAUCCUCUAUCGUCGCGGAAGAUGAGCUGGGUCAAGCUAGUUUCAUUAGUGAUACUGAGCAACAUUCCAGCACUUUUCUAGCCCCUACUGAGCUUCCAAGGCGAGCACCUUCCAACAGCUCUCCCACUUCAGUUAUCAGCCUCCGUACCCCAGACUUGUUAAUCAAUCCCAGCAUAUCAGCUUCCGCUCCAUCGUCCCCAAAAUGGAAUAUUCGAACAAAAGAGAUCAACUCACCGCCAGCCGCCUUACCCAAGUUUGUGCUGCACACUCCUUCACUUGAUCCUACGAUUUAUAGAAAGCGCCAAUGUGAGGCCUCCAUAUCUUCCACAUUAGGAGAUUACCCCACUCCUCAACAGCAGCAUCAACAACAGCAGUCAACGAAAAAACGGAAACAUUGCGAAAAGAAAGAAAAACGAAAGCGACGUAGAGAUCAUGAUCCCUCGUCACCUUAUUCCCGCUCGAGGAGCGAGGUUGAUGCUGACUUUGCUGAACACGCACCUGGGUAUCCACUCAACGGCGUUAAGAUACGACGUCGUUCCGGUUCGACUACAUCCAGUCUAUCCUCCGAGAGUUGUCUUCCAACGAGUCCGAAAUCGGUUGAUGAGGCUCCGAGGUUAGCUCCACUGAGAAUUCAACUACCUCGUCCACUCACUGUACAUCCUGUAGCAGACCAAGAGCGGCAACCGUCUUCUUUGGGCAAAAAGCUCCCGGCGUUUUUAGUGUCACCUAGAGGCAACCAGUUACGUGAAUCUGGAUUCGGCAACUCUCCUCUAGACAAAGCCAAACUUAAAAACGUUUUGUCCCCCGAUUCGAAACGUUUACGUCUUGUUCAGGAGAUUUGUGUUACUGAUGUGACUGUUGGCGGCUUGACAAUCAGCAUCAAAGAAUGUUCUGGUCCAGAAAACUUUUUCGGUGUACCUUCAAAUCAGCUUGUACAGUGGGAUUCCUCCCAAGUUGAAAACCAACCUUCGUGGCCGUCCUUAGGUUACAAAAGUCCCCCGAAUGUUGUACCUGCCCCUUGUCUAAUAUCCCGAAAUUCUAAAGUACUUUCUUCGUAUGCCAAUGAUGGAGCAACCGGUUGUGCGGAUGAAAAUGUUGCUCCAAACUCGAUGUUUGAAGUUUCUACGGAUCCGCGCGCAUCACAAGUACUGGCAACUCCGGAUGUUCGGGAGUUAAGCACCAUAACUGAAGAAUCCACCAUAACUAACUCUUCUUUGAGUACCAAACCGUCUCCCACUCCGCUGUUCAGCUCCUCAUUUCCUAAAUUAGAAGAAACCACUGAAGACACUAAUCAGGAUAAACCUCCUGCUUCUUCGCUCGAACUGCCUGUAGUAACUAAAUCCGAACCUAACUCCGCGGUUGACAUUGAACCGUCCAGUUCCACGUCUGUUUUGCUUUUGGAAGCCACAGAGGCGGCCGUUAGGAGUGCUGCUGAGGCUCCAAGUUCCCCCGGUCUCCUUUUACCCCCACGGCGCUCAUCCACUCCGAUCGACCGAUCACCCGCUUCCCCUAUUCGGCCAUGGACACCUGUCGGGUCUGGUUCUUCGGCUACCUCGUCUCCUCCUAAGAUUGUGUUCACACCCAUUUCCACAUGCACAAAUCCCGCUUCAGCCUGUUCGGUGACACCAGCUAUUGGAAGUGGUACCCUCAAUUCGAGGCUCAAAAUUGUGAAACCAACAGUCCCAAACACAGUCAAACCUGUGACAUCACAGUCCAACCAGAUAUGUCGCCUCGCUACCUCAUCUAGUAGUCGCUUGUCGUUUUCGUCAGAAACUUCCCGCAAACCACAAAAAACGAAGCAGUUCUCCAGAUUUUCCGCAAAUCCGCUACCGAGUCGUUCUGGUGGCCACCGAGCUCCCAAAUCCACGUCUCUAUAUUUACCUAGCACCAGCAAUGAUCCUGCCAGUGUAUACACAUUUCCCGACUCUUCCCCGACACACAACCUAUCCCCCCGAUCCAGCACUACCCGCUUCCCCACGACUGUGCUCCCAAAGCCCACUCGAAGACCACAAGCACAACCGUUCACUUCCGGUACAUUUGAUGGUUUGAGAACUCCAGAAAGCUUGCCUAAUGUUGCAGUUUCUUUUCCUUCGUUGAUGGCUGAGUCUCUUGUUGGAUCUAUGGGAAUUCCGUGCACAAGUCUAUCCGGUUCGAACUCAACCAAUCUAUCGAAUUCUCAUAAAUCUUCCAAUGGUCAGACAGUUACCACCCUUGCUAGUGACUUAUCACUGUAUCUCCCACAACCCUCACUUCCUGUUUUCUAUAGUGAUCCAACUGGAACGAAUAGCAUGGCGGCGGUUGGUUCGUUUCCAGUUUCAGGUACAACCUUUGUUAGUCAACCAUCAUUGUCUGCUCAUCCCAGUUGGCAAUCUUUACUACCCAACUCACUCACAUCUCUCAUCCCUUCUGGAUUAAUGCCAACCGACUCCUCAUUGUUGGCCUCCUUGGGACCAUUUCCUCUACCUGCAGUUACGACGAGCGAUUUUUCCACCCAGUUACAAUUGGCCAGUCUCAUGGCGGUCGCUGUUGGAAAUGGUUCUGCAUUUACCACAACAAGUGGUCCAGAAUAUUUCCCCGUCCCGAAUCCUAUUCUGUCCUCAAUUCCUGACGAAGGUCCCAUGGAUUUAUCGGCUAAACGGUGACAUUGCCUCGUACUCUGUGCACAGUCAUCCAAUCACACCUGCGUGCUUUCAUACUUUCCAUGUUGUAUUUUACCGUACCAUCAACUUUCCACCCCCCCCCCCCCCCGAAAUACCAUAACAUCCACCGUCUUUCCCUUCAUUUUAUUAUAUUACACUUCGAUCCCAUUUCUUGUUGUGAACUUUCGUCUAUUCACUUAAAAGUUGGGCUACAUGUAUAAACUUCUCUCGGUACAUAUUUUUUCAGAUUUCCAGAUCUAUCAAACACCGACCACCAAAGCACAUCGUCCCAUAUCUGGACUGGGAUUCGAGAAUCCGACUCCUCUGCCCGUGUACACAACUUAUACCCAAACCACUCUGCGCAUAAUUUUUACUGCAUUUGUUCCUUGGCACCCAUCUGAUUCCAUCCCAU